UUUGUAAGUGGUAGUGUACUAGAGACACAACUUCAAGUCAAGGAAAAUUCCACUAAGCUUUCAUAUGAGGUAAUUUGAUCAGAUUCUAGUUUUGAUCAUUUCAUUUUGCCCUUAUACAUUCCUCUCUAUCCUCAGCAAGAUAAAGAGCAAGCAUGAAUACAGAACUGAAGAUUGUUUCCUAUCAACAAUUUUCACUUUAGUAGAAAUACAUUUUUUGUUGAAAUCUUAAUGCUCUUUUUGAAAUAUUAGGUCUAUGCAAAUGAAUAUGUUGACAAACUGUUGACAUAUUCAUAUCAAUAAUUUCAUCCUUUGUUAAAUUAACUCAAGCAAAAUUUUGUGUACUAUGGCAGUGUUUUAAAGGUAAACAAUGGCAACAAAUUUUUAUUUAUUUAGUCCCAGUUUUGACUAAGGAAAUAUUUCCUAACCUUAGACUCACUGUAGAAGAAAUUCUUAAUCUGAAACUCUGUGAGGGCCCACUCUGACAGAUUUAAUGAUUUAUUAUACUCACCAAAUGAAGAAAAUCCUCUCAGGCCAGAUACUUUUAUAGAAACAGGAACAUUCUCUUUGGUACUUAACGGUAUAUUAAAAAUAUUGUUGUUAUUGAGUUAUGUCCGACUCUACAUGACCCCAUGGUUUUCUUGGCAAAGAAUACUGGAGUAGUUUGCCAUUCCUCAGUGUGUUCACAUUUUAUAUAUGAGGAACUGAGGUAAAUAGGGAUUAAGUAACUUGCCUUGGCUCACACAGCUAGUAAGUAUUUGAGACCAGAUUUGAACCCAGAUUUUCCUGAUUACCUAGUUGUUUACCUUAAAAAUAGGUGACCUCAGAACAAUAGGUGACUCCCAAGUAUCUACUUAAAUCACAUCUUCUUUUAGUACCCAUUUCUUCCUCAUGCUACUCGUGGUUAUCCAAGCUUCUUACCCAGAUCUGGCCUCACUAAACAGUUAUGUGUAUGUGUAUCCUCUAGAUAUUUUUCCCCUCUACCUUUAUCUCUGUCAAAAUCAGCUUUCAUCAUGUUGUCACUUGGAAAGGUCCUGAUAAAAUAAUUUACACUGAGGUUUAACAGGGACUGUAUGUUUCCCAGAAGCUCCUGACAUUUCUCAGUGAGUUAGCACAAGGAAUGAAGUUCUCAUGUUGGAUAUCCAGAAAUCAGCAUCAUACAAAUAAAAGGCAUUUUGGAGGGGGAGGUCCCAAAUUUGAUUGUGAAAUUAGGGGCUUAUACUUUGUACCUGCUGGACAAGCCUUAAGAGCAUAUGAGCCUAUGCUUAAUGCUACUGUUAUAUAUAUACUUAAUGUUAAUGUAAACAUAAAUACAAGACAAAUUUGUUACCCUUUGGGAGAAUACAUUUUGACUAAUAGCACUACACUAUUGUGGAUCCAAUUUAUUUUGCCUGAAGAUAAUGCCUCUGUUCUGAUGGUGCUAGUGAGCUGAUUAGUGUGCCAGACACUGUGCUAAAUUCUGAGGAUACAAAGAAAGGCAAAGAUUUCUCUCAAGCAAUUUAGAAUCUUAAGGAGGGAGAGAGACAACAUGAAGGCAACUGUGGGCAAAUAAGACAUGCCCAAAAUAAACAGAAGAAUCUUAAGAGGAAAGGUGCUACCUUUCAUGAACGUGGGAGUAGCAGUUUUACCUCUUUGUUGUUGUUCAGUCACCAUGGCACAACAAUACUGUCACUGGAGUUUCCUUGGCAAAGAUACUAGAGUGGUUUGCUAUUUCCUUCUCCAGUGGAUUAAGGAAAACAGAGGUUAAGUGUUUUGCUCAGGAUCGCACAGACAGUAAGUGUCUGAGGUGUGAUUUGAAUUCUGGUCUUCCUGACUCUAGGCUAGGGCUCCAGCGAACAAACCAUCUUAACAUGCUUUACUUUUCUACCUUUGACCGGCCCAUUUAGGCUUUGAGCCAGUUCCAUCAGUUAGGUUUUUUUGUUUAUAUGCAAACUGGAACACUGCUUCUAGGAUAGCAAUUUACCCAUACAUGGCAUUAUCCCAGGACAGUUUCAAAGUGCUUGAUUUGUUUGUCCGCUUAUUUUUGUUAAAUCAUUAAAAAAAAAAUUUUUUUUUGAGGUUUGUUGCCAUCACAUGCAUAAUGCCAAAUUCCAUGCUUUGUCUGAGAUCUCAUGGCAUUAACUGCACUUGGGAAAAGUUCACCCAAUUUUGUCCAACAGAAAGGUUGGGUGGGUGGUGCUCCAGGAAACGAUUUUCACACCAGUGCUGUGAUUAGCUCCUCUCAAAACUCAUUACUCCAGUUUGGACCUUGAUUUAUGUCAUGGCUUCAAAUGUGCUUUCCAAUGCUAGUGCUAGUUUCCUCAUUUUUUUGCCACAUUGGGCAGGAUCUGGACAAUAAGACAUGCUCCAACAGACCACAUACAAUAGCUCUUCUCAGAAGACAAGGUGAUGGAUUUGAAAUAAGGCCUUUUCCCGAAACGGGAAAAUAAGCACCCACCCCCAAACCUAAUUAAAUAUACCCUGUUCUUCCUGGGAUGGACUUGAUCACUUUUGGAGGAAGUAAGGUACUGGGACUACCGGAUUAACCAAUGAGGUGUUUUGGAAAGGCUUCCAAAUCCCAGGACAGGGUCAACACACCCAGCCCGACGUCUGUCCAACGCACUUUGCUCUUCUUCCCGCCUAUAGCCCGCUUGCCAGGUCCGUCCCGCCGCGAUUAUAAAUUCCAAUGUGCAUUGCGUUUCGGGACUCCAACUCCCAGCAUGCUCCAACUCCAAUGGCUCGGUCUCUCUAUUCAGUCCUCCUGGAAUGUAGCGCGCUGGGAGCAGUAGUUUCCGGAGGCUUCAGCCCCAAGUCCUCCGUUCCUUUUCCCUCCUCUUUCCUCAGCCCAAACCCUAAAAGGUGCUACCUACGUCCCUACUCCUUGACAGCAAGAGGAGGGCGAGCCUACCUAAUUGUGAACGCAGAACCUCUUUCAGUCUCACUGCCCCCGCUCCCUAUCUCCGGGUCGGCAACCCUACCACCAACAUUCUAGGAACCGCUUCCAGAAAUCUUGUAGAAUAUGCGGGAGCGCGCAGCGCGUGAAGGUUUAUGCCGCGCUAAGGCUCCAAGGGCGGGGCGGACGAAGAGGGGGCCCAGGCCGCCUCGGUGGCGCGCACGUCGCACGCAGGGGCAUGUCACGUGGGGCUGCGAGGAUCGCAGUGCGCGUGGCCGUGGUAGCUGGUGUGGGGUUGAGUCAGUUGCUAUUGGGGGGGAGAAGUGACUGGUCCUCCGACUGCCCGACCUGCAGCCAGCUGAAGCAGGAAGAGAGCGAGCGGUGAGCCCAGGCUGGUGUCUGUACCCUUCUCGUAGCCCCGGCGCUUCGCCAUCUCUCCCUUCUCCCCCCACCCGCUUCGGCUCCUCCCACUCCCUCCCCUGGACAGCCCCCUCCCCCCACCCACCCAGGCAAACCGCCGCCUCGGGCGCGCCCCCGCUCCCCCUGCGCUGUCUCUCCGAUGGCGGCCGCUCCUGGGGCCAUGGCCAAGCACGAGCAGAUCCUGGUCCUCGACCCGCCCACAGACCUCAAAUUUAAAGGCCCCUUCACAGAUGUAGUCACUACAAACCUUAAACUUCGAAAUCCAUCAGACAGAAAAGUAUGUUUCAAAGUGAAGACAACAGCACCUCGUCGGUACUGUGUGAGGCCGAACAGUGGAAUUAUUGAUCCAGGGUUGACUGUAACUGUUUCAGUAAUGCUACAGCCUUUUGACUACGAUCCAAAUGAGAAGAGUAAACACAAGUUUAUGGUACAGACAAUUUUUGCUCCAACAAACACUUCAGAUAUGGAUGCUGUGUGGAAAGAAGCAAAACCUGAUGAACUGAUGGAUUCUAAAUUGAGAUGUAUAUUUGAAAUGCCCACUGAAAAUGAUAAAUUGGUUGAUAUGGAGGCUCCUAAAACUCAUCUAAAAGCAGAUGGAACCCUGAUAAAGCAGCAUAGUAGUCUUGCACUCAAUGAUUCUGAAACAAAAAAACUAAUGGAAGAAUGUAAAAGACUUCAAGGAGAAAUGAUGAAAUUAUCAGAAGAAAAUCGACACCUGAGGGAUGAAGGUUUAAAGCUCAGAAAGGUAUCACAGAUUGAAAAAACAAGCUCAAACGUGAUUCCUUCACUUCUUGUUGUAAUUGCAGCCAUUUUCAUUGGAUUCUUUUUAGGGAAAUUCAUCUUGUAGAGUGAAGCAUGCAGAGUGCUGUUUCCUUUUUUUUUCUUGACCAGAAAAAGAUUUGUUUACCUACCAUUUCAUUGGUAGUAUGGCCCACAGUGACCAUUUUUUUUGUGUACAGCGUCAUAAUAGGCUUUGCCUUUAAUGAUCUCUCACGGUUAGAAAACACAAUAAAAACAAACUGUUCAGCUACUGGACAAAUUGUAUAUUAUCAGAUCAUCAAUAGCAGGUGUCAGUUGCACAUUCAGUCCUUUAUGAAAUUCAUAAAUAAAGAAUUGUUCUUUCUUUGUGGUUUUAAUAAGAGUUCAAGAAUUGUUCAGUCUUGUAAAUGUUAUUUUAAUAAUCCCUUUAAAUUUUAUCUGUUGCUGUUACCUCUUGAAAUAUGAUUUAUUUAGAUUGCUAAUCCCACUCAUUCAGGAAUAUGCCAAGAGGUAUUCUGUGGGGAAAUGGUGCCUCUUACAGUGUAAAUUUUCUCCUUUACCUUUGCUAAUAUCAUGGCAGAAUUUUUCUUAUCCCUUGUGAGGCAGUUGUUGACUGAGUUUUUCAUCCUUACAAUCCUGUCCCAUGGUAUUUAACAUAAAAAAAUAAAACUGUUAACAGAU